AUGCCUAGUAAAAGGAUAUCAGUGACUGGAUUCCAAUCUUUUGGAUCUUAUGACGUUAAUCCAUCAGAAAUUAUUGUUAGCCGACUGGAAAAACACGAGUUUUCUAAAAAUUUGGACGUGGACUUUCGCCUCGUCGCUGUAAAUUAUGAGGUUGCUGAUGCUUGUUCUGAACAAAUUUGUGGCAUAGACACUUCGGAUGUACGUUUUCAUAUUUUGGAGGGUAUGCAAUGUUCUUCGGGAAAUUUUUGAAAAGUAUGGCUAUUUUAGUUAGUGUCUAUCAACCAGAUUUGCAGGCUAAAAUGAGGACUUGUUUUAAAUUGCUUGCAGCACUGAUGCUUUUUAUGUCUUUUUUAAGUAUUAAUUGUGCUAUUCAAAAUUUUGUGUUGUUUUUACUGUUUUGUUACCUAAGAUAACUUUUUUCAGUUCGUGAUUCACAUAGGAGUUCAUCCAGUCCGAAACAGAAUAUGUUUAGAAAAGCAAGCCAAGGCUUUUGGUUAUUGUAGUCAUGAUGUUAAUGGUAAGUUGGUUAAUUUCAUGUUUAUUAUUUAAAUUUAGGGCAAGUUCCUUUACACAAUCGACCAAAGGUUUGUAAUGGUCAGAUUACUGAAGUUUUACAGUCAAAUUUGGACACGGAUGAAGUGAUUAAGAAUCUGAAAGGUGUUCCAGAUUUAUUGGAAGUUAAAACAAGUCAUGAUCCUGGAAGGUAAAAGCGAUUUGUUUAGUUUAACAUAAGCAAUUGUUUAGUUUAACAUAAGCGUUUUGUUUUAAACUUGUCAUUUCAGAUACCUAUGUUCGUACAUUUUCUACAGUUCUUUGGAGAACAACAAAGGGAAUGCUUUGUUUAUUCAUAUUCCCACUUUUUCAGAAGUGGCUACAGUUGAUGUUGUCUCUAAUAUAGUGGCACAAGUUAUAGAAUCUAUUGGGAAAGUCUUGUAA